AUGCAAGAAGUGCCUCAGCCAGAGGAGAGACUGGCAGCCAUCCACAAGUGGGUAGAUGAGUGGGAUGUGACCUGGGCCAACAUCUACUUGUGGUGGCAAUACAUGGAUGAGCACAAGAUUGCCAUACCUGACAUCAAUGCAAGAGGAAAUGGUCAAGACCACAGGCCAGGUGAUGUGGAAGCAGGAGGAUCAACAGGAGGAGCUGUACACUUGACAGGGGGAGGCUUGGGAAGUGAAAGCAAGGGCAAAGGAAAAGAGAGGGCUCCCAGCAAAGAGGAUGAGCUGGACAAUGAGGACAAGGAUAAGGACAAGGGCAAUAGGAAGGAGCCAGGGCCAUCGAUGAAGGGGCCACAGAUGACUGGGGAGGACAAGUCCUGUGAGGCCUGUGCCCAGUCAAACCUCAUAUGCAUUGGGGAGCUGGGAUUGUCCUGCAAAUGGUGUAGGAACAUGAAACACAAGUGUAUGCAUGCUCUCAGAGUAGGGAGAAAGCAAAAGAACUCUGGCACAGUUGGAGUCACUGGACCAUCACACAAAUGA